CAGCGGUGAGGAGAACAUGGCGCCUUAUUUAAAAGAUUGCAGGGUCUCCUGUAAACUUUCAUGGGAAGACCUUUAAUAUCUGUGCCGCAGAGAGAGGCUACUAUGCAAUGAACUGGGCGUGACAAAAGACAACUUCAAUGACUAUGAGGUGGAGUAUUUGUGUAACUACAAAAAAUGUAAGUCUCAAGAGUUCUUUCUGGUGAAGUGGAAUGGCUUCUCAGAGUCAGAGAACACAUGGGAACGUCGAAAAAACCUUAGAUGCCCCGAACUCUUGCGCCGGUUCCGACAGGACAUGAGGGCAGCGCUGCUUCAGGCCAACAAGCCCCUUGACUCCAUGUCCUUGAGUCCCUCCAUUGCCUCUUUUCUUGCCAAGAAGGCCAAGCAACGCAUAAAGCUUAAAAAAUGGGAGGAGAUCAUGAACCAGACCUGCAAGCACAAGGGCCGCAUAUUUGUCUGUAAUGAUGUCGACCUGGAUGGACCUCCUAAGAACUUCACCUACAUUAAUGAGAAUAAGUUUGGCAAAGGGGUGAAGGUAAACACGGUCACAGUGGGCUGUAAAUGUUACGAUUGUAUCUCUCAGCCUGUGAAGGGUUGCUGUCCCGGAUUGUUGAGUCAUCGCAGGGCAUAUAAUAACAGCAGACAGGUGAAAGUGAAGCCCGGUGUGCCGAUCUACGAGUGUAACUCCAAUUGCAGAUGUGGGCCAGACUGUGGCAACAGGGUUGUGCAGAGAGGUAUGCAAUAUGAUAUGUGCAUCUUCAAAACGGCCAAUGGGAGAGGCUGGGGUGUGCGGACGCAGCAGAGGAUAUUCAAAAAUGCCUUUGUUAUGGAGUAUCUUGGAGAGGUCAUCACUACAGAGGAGGCAGAGAGAAGGGGAGUGGUGUAUGAUAAACAGGGUAUCACUUACCUGUUUGAUCUAGACUAUGUGGAUGAUGUCUACACCAUCGAUGCGGCUCAUUAUGGAAACAUCUCUCAUUUUGUCAACCACAGUUGUGAUCCAAACUUGCAGGUGUAUAAUGUAUUCAUUGACACCGUGGAUGAGCGACUGCCCAGAAUCGCAUUCUUUGCAAAACGAGGUAUCAAAGCAGGAGAGGAGCUCACCUUUGACUACAAGAUGACAAUUGAUCCAAUAGAUGCAGAGUGUUCAAAAAUGGAUAUUGACUUGAGCCGGGCAGGAUUUGAAGAAUCACCCAUUAAAAGGAUCCAUAUGGAGUGCAAGUGUGGAGUGAAGAAUUGUCGAAAAUAUUUGUUUUAAUUUAGUGCAGUAAAUGGCACUCGCAUAGACUUUUCAAAAUUUCUCAAAAUUUAUUUUUGUAUAUUUUUAUUCAUGUUAAUAUAUAUUACUUUUAUUCAA